GGGCUGCGAAGUGACGUCACUGUAGUGUGUUUACUCCCUACACUUCCGGCGCGCUGAAUGACGUCAGAGCCGCGGAGGCAUGGAGGAGACAACAUGAAUAAAGGCUGGUUAGAGCUGGAGAGCGAUCCAGGACUCUUCACGUUGCUGGUGGAGGAUUUCGGUGUGAAGGGUGUGCAGGUGGAGGAGAUCUAUGACCUGCAGAGCAAGUGCCCCGGGCCGGUUUACGGCUUCAUCUUCUUAUUUAAAUGGAUCGAGGAGCGGCGCUCGCGCAGGAAAGUGUCCACCCUGCUGGACGAGACAUCAGUCAUUGAGGAUGAGGUGGUCAAUAACAUGUUCUUCGCUCAUCAGCUGAUCCCCAAUUCCUGCGCCACGCACGCCCUCCUGAGCGUCCUGCUGAACUGCAGCGGGGUUCACCUGGGGCCGACGCUGAGCCGCAUCAAGGACUUCACCAAGGGGUUCAGCCCAGAGAGUAAAGGUUACGCCAUUGGGAACGCUCCGGAACUGGCGAAAGCUCACAAUAGCCAUGCCAGGCCGGAGCCGCGUCACCUGCCGGAGAAGCAGAACGGCAUCAGCGCCGUGCGCACCAUGGAGGCGUUUCACUUUGUCAGUUACGUUCCCAUUAAGGGGCGCCUGUUUGAGCUGGAUGGCCUGAAGGUUUACCCCAUAGAUCACGGUCCUUGGGCGGAGGACGAGGAGUGGACAGACAAGGCUCGCAGGGUUAUCAUGGAGAGGAUCGGACUGGCCACGGCAGGGGAGCCGUAUCACGACAUCCGCUUUAACCUGAUGGCGGUGGUGCCUGACCGGAGGCUGAAGUACGAGAGCAGGCUCAAUAUCCUAAAGAUGAACAGGCAGACCGUGCUGGAGGCUUUACAGCAGCUGAUCCGGGUGACGCAGCCGGAGCUGAUCCAGGGCCAGAAACCCUCCGAGAGUCAGAAUAACGAGGAGUCAAAGGCAAAUCCAGCCAAGUGCGCAGCCGGCCAGGAGGCAACGAACGCGGGCAACGCCUCGGGGAAUCCCACAGAUGUGAGCGGAGAUGCAGCAGGAUCUGUCCAGCGACCUUCUGCGACUAAUACAUACAGCAAGAUUAACGCCGUCCCUCAUAAUGGGGGCACCGCCACCUCACAGGCCCCCCGGCUCCCUGCUUUCCUGGAUAACCACAACUACGCCAAGUCCCCAAUGCAGGAAGAAGAAGAUCUGGCGGCAGGCGUAGGGCGAUCGCGAGGAAUCCCACCGCCCUCCCCAGACUCCGAUGAAGAGGAGGAUGAAGAAACUGAGACUUCUGCAAGACCCGCGGCCCUUUCAGGGUUGAAGAGGAGAAGCCCCGAGUCUCUGCCACCACCUCCGGGUCCGGAGCUUCCCGCUAAUGUCUUGGUAGAAAAGUUAAAGGAGACUCAGAAACAAAUGUGUUCCCCGCUCUCCAUAAAGACUGUGGCCCCUGCAGUUCCUCACUCCCAGCCAUCUCCAACCCCCAGCAAUGAGAGCACAGACACCGCGUCGGAAAUUGGCAGCGCUUUCAACUCCCCCCUGCGCUCCCCUCUGAGAUCCGCUAACCCCACGCGACCCUCCAGUCCCGUCACCUCCCACCUCUCUAAGGUCUUGUUUGGAGAGGAGGAUCCUCUUCUGCGACUGGACUCUGUUCGAUACAACCGGGCAGUGCGGGAGCUGGGGCCACUGGUGGGCACUGGGAUUCUACACCUCAGCCGAGAUGGGCACCUGUGUACACUCAGCCGGAUGGAUUCUGGGAAGAUUUCCCCCAAAACCAGCAAACUGGAGGAAGGAAGAGAAAACUCGGAGGCCGAUGGAUCCCGCUGCAGAGCCCCAGAUGCACCAGUAGGGGACAGGUUUUCUCCAAAGGAACUCCUGGCUCUGCUGAAGUGCGUGGAAGCUGAAAUCGCCACGUCCGAGGCUUGUCUUAAAGAAGAGCUGGAGAAGCGCAAGAAAUUCAAGAUUGAUGACCAGAGAAGGACACACAACUAUGACGAGUUUAUCUGUGCCUUCAUCUCCAUGUUGGCUCAGGAAGGAAUGCUGGCCAGCUUGGUGGAGCAGAACAUUUCGGUGAGGAGACGGCAGGGGGUCAGCAUCGGUCGCCUGCAUAAGCAGAGGAAGCCGGACCGCCGCAAACGCUCCCGUCCUUACAAAGCCAAGCGCCAGUGAUUCCAUGGUAGAUAGUGUUACCUCCGCAGAAUCAUCUAUGGGAUCCCCUGUACUCACCCCCAUGUAUAUCCUGUAUAUAAACUGUUUUUAUACCUCACAUCUAGAGCCUUGUUCUAUAUCACCCCCCCCCCCCCAUAAUGUCACGUUAUUUAGUGUCAGAAACCUUGUCGCAUGACCGUUCCCCUCCGGAGAACUGGCUGGUGUCGCGCUGCGGGCAGGUCCCACGCCGGCUGGUUCCAUAGAAUCCGAAUGACCACACAUCACACUAAGUCCUAGAGGUGACUGUAUGUUAGAGACAUUUUUUUUUUUGUCAUGUAAUAAAAAAUAAAAAAAAGUCCA